AUGAAACUCCUACUGAUCGUUGCUUUUAUUGCGGUGGCUUCUGCCAGCCCCGUAGACCGCCUCCAGCGUCUACGCCAACUGAUUGAAGCCGGCAUUGCUGGCCCCACGCCAGUGGUACAAGACCCUAUUGCUGUUGGCCCCGCCAUCAUCAAUCCUGAAGAUCUAAGCCCUAUUGCCAUUGGACCUGCAAUUGUAAAGCCUGAACCUAUUUCUGUAGGCCCCGCUAUUGUUGACGGCAUUAGCCCUAUUUCUGUAGGCCCCGCUAUUGUUGACGAGCUCAGCCCUAUUUCUGUAGGCCCCGCUAUUGUUGACGAGCUCAGCCCUAUUUCUGUAGGCCCCGCUAUUGUUGACGGCAUUAGCCCUAUUUCUGUAGGCCCCGCUAUUGUUGACGAGCUCAGCCCUAUUUCUGUAGGCCCCGCUAUUGUUGACGGCAUUAGCCCUAUUUCUGUAGGCCCCGCUAUUGUUGACGAGCUCAGCCCUAUUUCUGUAGGCCCCGCUAUUGUUGACGAGCUCAGCCCUAUUUCUGUAGGCCCCGCUAUUGUUGACGGCAUUAGCCCUAUUUCUGUAGGCCCGGCUGUUGUUGACGAGCUCAGCCCUAUUUCUGUAGGCCCCGCUAUUGUUGACGACCUCAGUCCUAUUUCUGUAGGCCCUGCUAUUGUUGACGAGCUCAGUCCUAUUUCUGUAGGCCCCGCUAUUGUUGACGAGCUCAGCCCUAUUUCUGUAGGCCCCGCUAUUGUUGACGGCAUUAGCCCUAUUUCUGUAGGCCCCGCUAUUGUUGAUGAGCUGACCCCUAUUUCUGUAGGUCCCGCUAUUGUUGAUGAGAUUACCCCUAUUGCUGUAGGUCCGGCUAUUGUUGAUGGGAUUACCCCUAUUGCUGUAGGUCCGGCUAUCGUAGAAGGGAUCGUACCCCAAGCUGAAGCGACCCCCCUUAUUCAGAUUAUUCUGAACAUCAACGCAGUCACAGGACAAGUUGUCGGUGUGCCUGAAAUCACGCCUGCUGAAGUUGUAGAGCCUGCUGUGCAACCCCCACUUGCAGUGUUCCCUCUUUAA